CCAUCGCUCGACUAGAGUGCGGUCAGUCGACCUGCUAACCGUGACGCGGACGAUUCGAGAACCGGCCGCGCCGUCGUUUCGCACAUGUGUACACAACGGUAGGAAAAACUGCCCAAUAGCAGCAGGAGUAGCAGCAGCAGUAGCGAUUCGGUCGUGCGUGGGUGCGUGAAUUGUUGGUGCGCGCGAUACACCAAACAUCAAUCGGCCUCAACCGUCACGUUGUCGGUCGGUAGUUAAAAGUACCCUUUUGUGUGAUAGCAACAAGCGAGGACGGCAACGACGACGACAACGGCCACGAAUCGGAAGUUUAAUUAGACUGAUCUAGACGGGUUCUUGUGGUCAAUCGAGGUGGAACGCGUCGUCGACGACGAACAUAAUUGGAAUAGCUGCUUCAAUAAUAACCUACAGUGUGAAAAUAGCGACGACACGGCUCUCAGCGGAACACGCACAGGUGUGUCGAAGAUAUGUCUACGUCCUCGUACAUCAGUCUUUCGGCGGCACCGAGCGGUCCCGGAAGUUCAACUCCUCGCGACGGUAAUAACAACGACAACGACAACGACAGCACCAUGGACGGAGACAACCUGCUGAAGCUGGCGCUCAAGAAGCCCAAAGCCUGGAAGUGGGAACUGACCACGUCCAGUUCGUCGCCCAGCAUAGCCUUCCCGAAGAUACAGCUGUUCGACAGUCGGACUGGGGAACUGAUGGUGCAGGUGGACAAACCGGAUUGUGUGGUGAAGAGUGAAGAGAUGGCGAUGGGCAGAAGUGACGGUUUGGAACGGUCGCGUAGUCUGCAGGAUCGGAAGGGGCGUGAUCAGCGGUAUAGAAGGUCGCGUAGUACGUGCAUUCGCGAGAAGGUGACGACGUCCAGUGAUUAUUUGAGUGAUGUGUUUGCACAGCUGCAGAACAAGGGAAUGGGUCACAAGCUGGCUACCAGUGUAACGCAGUAUCGGGUGGAAGAGACCGAGGAAGAUGUCCAGGAGAAUGGAUAUGGUUUGCAGAAGAGUCAAUCGGCUAGGGAGAUUCGUAGAAGUUCAUCAGUGGAACAUAAGAAGAAGAUUUUAAGGACUCCAUCGACCCGAUCGGGUUCAAUGUUAGGUAGAAUUAGUGAGUGUUUCAAAAGUUCGACUGAGGAGGAACCUCCACGGCAAUCUACGCCGCCUCCAACACCAGCGCCGGAGCCAACGAUACCGGAGAUCAGCGUUGAAGAGGAACCCGAACCAAAACCAACCACAGAAGAGAACAAAAACAAAAUCUACAAGUUGGUUCGAAGCAACGUCGGAACUCUCAUCGUUCGGGAGGAGAGUUUCCACACGCAGCGUAGCUUACGAAGGCGAAGGCAACAGCUGCAGGAGCAGCCGUCUAUUCCAGAAAGCGAACCGCAAAUGGACAAGCGGAUCACCAUCAGUGAUAUUCCAGACUCUAGCUAUAACGACACGAUCAGAGAAAUCGACAGUCUGAUAUCGAAGGUUAUGCUGUCGCACAACCUUCAAGACGUCCACGAGUCUCGUCCGCAUCAAUCCCGCGGAAGGCCUUCCACGCAGCAGAACGGAGAAGCGGAACCGGUGCGGAAAAGGCGAGCGCGGAGAAGUGCCAGCGCAGGAAGCAAUGCCAGCAGUUACGCCGGAAGCAGUGGAAGCCGUCGCACUAGAAACUCUCCGCUGGUGACGGUGCCGACGGGGUCUUCCUCGUCCGAUGAAGACAUGGUGGCCAUGGCGGAAAGCCGAUUCGGAUCGUUGAAGCGAAGAGGACGAGCCAAGUACAAGCGGAACAGUACGGGUCAGGUGCACGAGGUGUACAACAGCGGCAGUGCAGGAGCGCAGAUCAACGGUGUCGGCCGGCAGCAUGAAACGAACGUGCGGCGUUCUUCCACCACCGUCAGCUCUAGCAACAGCACCACCGUGGAGAUCGAGGAAUGUGAAUCCGUGUCGCUGAGUGGAUUCCAGGAGAAACGGGAGACUGUUGUCCAUAGGUCAUCGGAGAAGUCCACGUCAUCGACCACAUCGCUGUCGACGCUUUCGCCUCCAUCGCCAGCUGUGGAAAGGUGCGGAGGGCCCAGUCCGAACAGAUGGGGAACGCACCGAGUGGAGACGCAAACCAGAGACUGGGAACGGGUGCAGGAGAUUACGGUAACGGAUGACAGCUGUAGGAAGGAGGUGGAAGCUAAGAUGGACUGGUUGGAAAUGAGAUGCGAAGAUGUUGUAACGGUUGAGGAAUCGAAACCUUCUCAAGCAGAUAUAAGUGAUACGAAAACUAUUAAUGAUAAGAAUGAGAAUGGCGCGAGAGCCACCCUUGCCGAAGUAAGCAGUAAGAAAAAUGAGGAUUGUUCACCAACGCUACUUCAGAAACCUAAUUAUGAACAUCCAAAAGGUCUAGAGGUGACCUCAUUGAAGCGAGACACAGAACUGAACGAAGCUAGUUUGAGAAAUGGAUACGAAGAGACCAACGUCACUUCCAGAGACCAAGAACGUUCCAAACCUGUAGAGAAGUUGAAAUCGUAUUCCCAAAAGCUUAGCGAAGAACGACCUUCUGUGCGUUUCCAACUGAACUCAACCAAAGACUACACAGAGUCUCAAACUAACGAGAAUCUGAACGUCACAGCUCGUGACGUUCCGCGAAGAUCACCUACCACCACUCCGAAGUUCGGAUCCUUCCAAUUCCCGCGUCACAUCGAUGGAUCCAACGUAUCUUCUGCCAGCCUCGCAUGGUCCUAUCUACCUCAGCUUUCGACUUUCCAUUCGACGUCAUCUCUGGCGUCUCUUCGAUCGAACAGCGGCAGCACCACGACCUCCUCCCAAUCUCCGGUGCAACGCCGUCAGCUAAAAUCCUACGCUCAACGUCACCAUCGUUCCAGCUUCCAUGUAGUGCCAAACUGACCCGAAACCUUCAACCGUAAACUUACGCCCAUACCAAAAACGAAUAAAUUUAAUGUUGAAACCA